AUGUGGAGGAGCUUCACCAGGAGGGCCUCCUCGUUGCCGCCGCCGUGCAAGUUGAGCCUUGUGGGAGAAUCCUGCCCCGCCCGUCACACGCCGCUUCUCCUGGCGGUCCCCGGAUUCUCGGCUGUUUCUUCUGGGGAGCAGCUAAUUACGAACACUGCGUCGGAGCCAGGUCGCAGAUGGUUGGUUUGCGUCGGCCUCCGAUGGAAUGGGCAUACGACUACAGAGUCCUCUGGAUCGUCUAGGAAUCUGGCCGGGAAGAGUUUCGACGUGACUUGUCGUUACCGGGGUUUUGCCAGCGUUGCCGAGGAGGUCUCUCCAACAGAUGCGGAAGAGGAGGCUGCUUCCAUUGAGGGCCUCCAGGAGCUGAUGGAAGAGCUUAGCAAGGAUGGGAGCGAGGGUAUAAAGCGGCUCGAGAAGUCUGAGGAUGUUCAGCUGAUGGUAUUGACCCCACAGCCACUUCCUGGACAGCAGCAGAUUCAUCGGCAGCAUCAGAAGCAGAUAUCUGGAAUGGGCCAAAAGAAGUAUUUUAUGCUUCGACGUAGACAGAUAAAAAUUGAAACAGAGGCUUGGGAACAGGCUGCAAAGGAGUAUAGGGAGCUGUUGGUGGACAUGUGUGAGCAGAAGCUGGCCCCCAACCUACCGUACAUGAAAUCUUUGUUCCUGGGGUGGUUCGAGCCAUUGCGCAAUAGGAUUGAGGAAGAGCAGCAGGCUUACAGAGAAGGAAAGAGUAAGGCAGCUUAUGGCCCUUACUUUGAUCAGUUGCCUGCAGAGAUGAUGUCAGUGAUAACGAUGCACAAGUUGAUGGGGCUGUUGAUGACUGGAGGUGGUGAUGGUAGCACGCGGGUGAUCCAAGCUGCAUGCCAAGUUGGUGAAGCCAUUGAGCAAGAGGUGGGCAAGAAAUAGCUUCAUUUUUAAUAGGAAGCUGUUUCAAACCUACUAUUCAUUGGGAUAAGUUUUUAAUUUCCAUUUUUCGAUGAUUUCUUCUACUUUCUGUUUCAAAUGGGCAUCUAUGCUACGGAGUAGCAGUUCUGAAAGUUUUUGUUUAACUUUUUAUUUAUCGGAUUUAAACCAAGGAUCCCUUUCUUUACAAGGGGAAAUAGUUGAUGAUACAUAACAUAUGUGAACAUAACGUCCAAGAACUCUCUCUGUCCUCGCCCUCCUACACAGAAAACGAAAAAAUGUGUUUUUCAUUAACCUACCCGGUAGAAACUCUGCCAACCUGUCACAUAUUAUUGCUAUUCUUAUCUUCAUUACUCUAUAUAUUAACUAUGGUAUUGCUGGGUGCUAGAAUGCUCAACUGCUCGGCCACUUAGUGAAGACAUUCAUGUUUAUGUCUCAAUGAGGAACAACUGGAUUUUUCAAGAACAUGCUUCCUCAGUUAAGAGGGUAGGCAGUGCCAUAUGUGAUUGAGUGCGAGAGCAGUCCAUAAACUUUUGUAAUGAGUAUGGGUAAUGUUCGAGCUGCUUUGAUCUUGAGGGGUUUUAGAGGUUUAACCUGGGCUCAUAUCUUGACAUAGACUGUAAAUGUGUUAUAAAUAGGUUCGAGGUUCUUUGAAAGCCCAGUGGAUGUAAAAUAUCCUAUUUAUUUUUGCAUGUUUCAUUCACUAGUGUUACCCUCCACAUUUAAGAGAAACGUUUAGAUCUGUGAUUAUUCCCAAAAGAGUACACGCCGAUGAGAUGAAUAAAUAUAGAUAUGUGACAUUAUUAUAUUCAUGGUAACUAUCACCUAGUAUAGCAGAAUUGGUUGAAAGAAACCAAUCAACUUUUGUGGAGUUAAGGUGUAUCUUGGAUUAAUUUUAUGUCAACUUAUGCAGGCAUUCAUUCCCCGAUGGUAAUUGGGAAACGUGCAGUUACUAAUUUGGACAUUAGUAAUGCUUUCGAUAGGGUAAGCUAGAAUUGGACAUGAGCUUCAUUUCUAGAGUAAGAAUUUCCAUCUUCAUUAGUUGUGGAUCAUGUGGAUAUUUCAGAGUUUCUGGGGUUUGAGGAAAAUGGAUUCUCUCCACUUUCUCUUAAGUGGUAAUUAUUAGGGGAUUCGUAUUUUUUGGAAUGGCAUUUCACUUACCCUCAAUCUUUAAAGGACGUUAUUUUCCUUGAAAAAAGUUGAUUUAGAGGGCGUUGAAUUUUUUAAAUUGUUGGUGAUUUUACGCAUGGCACUGAACUAUGCAUACAUCUAGGAAAAAUACAAUUUCUUGAGUUUGAAAAUUUGAAGGAAGUGAUGCCCAAAGGUUUUAUUCAAUCUUAAUAUCAGUGUUAUCAGGAUUGAGGCAUAAUGGUUGAGGCGUGGAUAAUUUAUUGAGCUCAGCUCAGAUUGGAGUUCGUAUUUUAAGAUAUUGAUGAUCCUUUGCAGGUGCGCACUAACAUUUUGGAAUCAUCAAUAGAUCUAUUAAGCCGGUGGAUAAUUGUCAUCAGUAAUUGAAAUUUUGAUUAACGUUGUAUUCUCAUUAUUCUUUUGCAAUUUUUUUGGAACUUGGUAGCGGCUUCAAUUUUAGUUUACCACUUGAAAGAUGUAGCUUUUCUUUUUUUAAUGAUUACACGGAGCCUUUUACGAGGAAAUAAUAUGAUAUUCGACAUCUUUUUCUUUUGGGGAAGUCAGUUCUUAUUUUAGAAAUAUUGAGCUUAUACACCUUUAUUACUUUCUAUAAAAUAUAUAGAAAUUCAUGUUGCAUUUGUUCUAGUCAUUCGUCUAUUAUAUAACCUCAAAUCUUUUUUUUUUGUUUGGUAACUUUUUGUUUCUCUUGGUAUUCUUUUGUAUAUUGUAAAGUAAAGAUUGUCUUUUGUGCUUUGUGUCCGUCAGACAGAAAGUUGAUUUGUAUAUGGUUUGAAUUAAUCAGGUUAGGAUUCAAAGAUUUCUUGAAAAAACGAAGAAGAAGACUGGGAAGGCAAACGGAAGUGAUUGUGAGGAGGGUGAUGCAAAAGGGCAGCAAAUGCUAAGAAAUAGAGUGACCAAAUUAAUGAAGAAGCAGAAACUGCCUCAAGUGCAGAAGAUAUUAAAACAGCAAGAUGAUUUGAAACCAUGGGGCCAAGAUGCUCAUGCAAAGGUUAGAGUUUCCCCAGAAAUUAUUGGGCAGAACCCUGGCUGUUGUGUUGAAAAUAUAUGAUCAUGACUUGCAGUAAUUCUCCUUUUUUUUAUUUCUCUCAGGUUGGAAGCCGCUUGGUUGAAUUGCUGAUAGAUACUGCCUAUAUCCAACCUCCUGUUGAUCAGCAAGCUGAUGGACCACCAGAUAUACGGCCAGCAUUUCGUCACACCCUUAGAACAGUCGCCAAGGAGCAGCAGUGCGAGCUUUUGCUCUCCUUCUCAGUCUUCUGCUUUUAUUUAGUCCAAAAAUUUCUUGUCAUUAAUUUUUCUAUUUUAAACAGGAAAAACAGCAGACGUUAUGGGGUUAUUGAAUGUGAUCCACUCGUUAAACAAGGUCUAGAUAGAACUGUGAGUAGAAUGACUAAUUACGAGCUCAAGUUGUUAUAUGCCAAUGGAACCUUUUUGUAGGGAUUCUUGUGACAUGCCAAUCUAUUAUCUUUCAAAUGAAGGAUGUGAUUAUUGAGUGGAUACAUUAUAUGUUCAAUUAGAUGUGGCAUGGAAGUAACGUGAUUUAUUUGACAGGCAAGGCACAUGGUGAUCCCUUACAUGCCUAUGUUGGUUCCUCCAGUGAACUGGACGGGGUAUGUUGUUUUACAAAACACUCUUUAAAAUCAAUUUUUGGUCUCUUAGGUUUUAUUUUGAGUUUUUUUUCCCAGGACUACUAGAGUUUUUUGACUUGGACAGUGAUCUAUUUUUAUGCAGCACGCUGGAUAAUCCUUUUCUUCUCUUCGGUUUUGCCUUUUAGCUUUCUGUAUGAGGUCUGUACAGGGAGAUGCUUGUGUGUUAGUAUAAUUGUUAACGUUAUGAGAAUGGGAUAUGAUAGUUUGAUUACUGUUACAAAUUGUCAAAGUCGAUGGUCUAAAACGUGGUUAAUCGACUGACACCAUCUGCCUAAUUUUGAUACAUGUUAAAUGGUGCACUUAAAAACUAUUAUUUGUUCUUUUGUAGAUAUGACAAGGGAGCACACCUUUUCCUGCCAUCUUACAUCAUGCGCACACAUGGAUCAAGACAACAACGUGAGGCAGUCAAGAGGGCACCAAAGAGCCAAUUACUAGAAGUUUAUGAGGUGCGUUGACCAUUAAUACUUACUAGAGCUAAGACUUUUUUGCUUUCAUUUCAUGUACUUUAGGUUACAUCGUUGUGUAUAGAGUUUGAAGUAGAUGACCUCACUGUUUCUUUUCAUAUUUUAGAACUCAGGUCUACAUUGGAUUUCAACUUGUUCUACCAUAUGCAUGGACGACAAGCUUAAACAAUCUAUGCACGGAUUCAUUUCUAUGAAUAAAAUUCUUCUUCUGACAUUAUAUUGUUUUUUUAUUUACCAGAAAGUUACAACCCCUGUGCAAUAAUUCUAUGCUUUUGGUUUUUUUUCUCGUCAUGUUUUCAUCCUCUGUUUAAAUGUUGGAAGAUAAGGUUGCUCCUUGUGGAAUUGAUUGGAUGCAUUUGAUGAAAAUCAGCACAAGUUAUUUAACAGACAUUUUAAUGGGAAGAGAUAGAGAAAUGUAGUAAUUGGGAAUUUUAUGGCUGGUGUAGCAUUGGUAUUGGGAUACACCUGCUAAUAUGUUGUAACUUGGGAUAUACGAUCUGAAUUAUUGUUUUAGGCCUUGGCUUUUUUUCGGGCCACACAUCUGGGCUUUGUUGAUGUAUACUUUUGUUGAUUUAUGCGCUACUUGUCUAUUAGACCGAUGCAAGUGCAUUAUUAGGAGGCUGGCGAGAGAUUAUUAGAGUUAAUUUGAUAGCCCCCCCCCCCCCCCCCCGGCCCCCUGGCAUGAACAGAAAAUACCAAAUAUGUUCAAGAUCUUCUGGAAAAUUUUCUAAAGGCAUGUUGACUUGUUGACUUGACUUGUCAUUUGAUCUGAAAAUGGCCAUUUCCAAUGCAACAAAUAGGCAUGUUGACUUGUCAUUUGAUCUGAAAAUGGCCAUUUCCAAUCAAUUUGAUUGCACUGAUCUCCUUGAAGUUGUCUUUUACUUUCUCUCCAAAUUGUAUUGACUGUGUACUUAUCAUGUUUAUAUUUAACAAUGACCAUUUUCUGUCAAUUUGAUUGAACUAAUCUCCAUGAAAUUGUCUUUUAUUGCCUCCAAACUUAUUGACUGAGUACUUGGCAUGCAUAUAUUUAGCACUGGUUCCCUAAGAAAAUCUUCCUCAGGCAUUAGAUACGCUUGGUAUCACAAAGUGGAGGGUCAACAAAAGAGUACUGAGUAUCAUUGACAGAAUAUGGUCCAGUGGAGGGCGUCUAGCUGACCUGGUUGAUCGAGAUGAUGUAAGAAAAUCUUGAUCAUAAUCAUUAUUUGCCUUCUUUUCUCUUUCAGUCUUUCAUUUUAAUGGUCGUACCGCUCUUUUAUCACAGUGAGGGUUUUCUUGGAAGAUGGAGAUCUGUUAUAGUUUGUUUGUUACUGAAACAUAUCCUCAUGUUCCAGAUUUAUUUAUUAAACUGAUAUGCAGUAUGAAAUUUGUCGAACUUGUGUAUUGUAGAUUCCUCUGCCAGAGAAGCCAGAGACAGAAGACGAGACUCUUAUUAAGAAGUGGAAGUGGAAAGUAAAGGCAGCAAAGAAAGAAAAUAGUGAAAGGCAUUCUCUACGUUGUGAUGUAGAACUUAAACUUGCCGUAAGACUUUUAUACAGAACUUAAGAUAUGCUUGUUAAGGUUUAAUCAACAAAAAUGAUGAUUAGUACUGAAUUUUCCCAGGUGGCCAGAAAAAUAAAAGACGAGGAAGGUUUCUAUUACCCACACAAUCUGGAUUUCAGGGGCCGUGCAUAUCCUAUGCACCCAUAUUUGAAUCAUCUUGGUUCAGAUUUAUGUCGAGGGAUACUAGAGUUUGCAGAAGGAAGACCUCUUGGACAAUCAGGCUUGCGCUGGUUGAAAAUACACCUUGCUAAUCUUUAUGCUGGUGGUGUAGACAAGUUGUCAUAUGAGGGUAGACUGGCAUUUACUGAAGAUCACUUAGACGAUAUUUUUGACUCUGCUGAUAGACCACUUGAAGGCAAACGUUGGUGGUUAGAGGCAGAGGAUCCCUUUCAGUGCUUGGCUGUUUGCAUCAAUCUUGCUGAGGCAUUGAGAAGUUCCUCACCAGAAACUACUAUUUCACAUAUUCCUGUGCAUCAGGUAAGUUUUGUAUCUCAGGAUAUUCCAACUGUAUCCAUGACUGGCGACAUGAGCUUUCUCUUCCUGCUGAAUUGAUUUUUUUACAUUAUAUUAUUUUCAUAAUUUCUAAAAAACCUUUAGCCAUUGACUGGUUCUGUUUACAGGAUGGAUCCUGUAAUGGUUUGCAACAUUAUGCUGCUCUUGGGAGAGACAAGGUCAUUUUUUUUAUUAUCAUUUGUUUUGUUAUUUCUUUCAUAUUCUGUUUGUCUCAUUCUAGAUCGUUAUCCAUGAAACUCUACAUCAUUGUGAAAUGUCCUCUUUUGUGAUGUCAGAGUCUUAGGUGUCUUAUUCUUUUUGUACGUGCAGGAAGGGAAAAUUCAUGGUCACUAUUUUUCUGUCUUCUGUAGAAUAAGGUGUUAUUAGCUGUUAAAUGCUGUUUUCAGUAAUAUCUGAUUUUACUAGUGAUAACCUAUAUUCAGAUCUUUACCAAGGACACCUUAGUAUUCUGUUAUGGGGGAGGGGAUUUGUGCCUUCGAUUUACAUGUUGGACAGAUACAGAUUUAAAUUUACAAGCAUAUAAAUUUAAAUCUGUAUUUGGAAUUUCUUCUUUGGUACGUGGAUUGGUAAAUUGUUGAUUUCUAUAAAACCCAUUGAAUGCGGCAAUACUCACGGUUUACAAAUGUUUGCUGAACUCGUUGGUCGGAAAGAGAUAGUAGUCCUUGUUGAAUGGAGCAUACCAAUCUACAUAGGGAGCUUAAAACCGUAAAUGGUAGAAAGAAUGCUCUACGAGCUGAUUUCCUUGUAUUUUGCACAAUUUUGCCUGGUUAAUUCCACCCUAAUGUUGGACCAUUUCUCGAUUUGUGCGUGUCAUCCUUGCGCAGGGGCCAUGCUAAUCUUCUCUGUAUCGUUCCAAUUUUAUCGGAUGCCCCCGAAGGGACAUCCUAAUGUUGGAAGAUGUUCUUGGGUUGCGUAGGGUCUGUAAGUAGGUAUAACUUUUCCUUAACAAAAAUCCGAGCUUAAAAAGAGGUUACCAGCUCCUCGCUUUGAAGGUAUCCUUUUCAUCGUUUUACACUUUCAUCACAUAUCAAUGUGUCAUACCUACCAUUUAAGUUCAUGGCAUGAAAAUAAACUGACUGGCUUCGAUCAUAGCUGAAUCGUUGGAAACAGCAUAUCCCAAAGGAUCUCCCCAACCUCUUGAAAACAAGAUGGACCUGAAUGCAUUAACAUACCCUAUCCCACUGGUGAUCACUGACUUAUUGGGAUGCAGCUAGACAUGAUAGCAUCUUCAGGGGGAUGAGUGACAUCUGUUAGUCCUUUCAGAUCAAAAGCUGUUUUGGGCGCAGGGAUAACGUUGGUCUGGGGUGGUAGGCCACCUCUUUUCAGAUAUCUUAAAUGGUCAUUGGGGCGCCAUUGCCUUCUGUUUAUGGAUUCCUUCAGGUUACCCAAAAAAAAUGGAGAAAGAUGGCAAAAAGUUCGGGGGGACUUCGUUGGUGACUCAAACAGGAGUACGAGGUGUGAUGAUGACUGGUCCAAAAUGCAUUCCAGGACCUUCAAUCCACAGAUCUUUCAGCAGAUAGGGAUGCAAAAGUGUCAGACAGGCAUAGGGCUUUUCAACGGUGAUCUUAAUUAAGUAUAGGAAUGUUAUACCAUACAUUGAUGAACCUAAUGAAUAUCAACGCACGUUCACUUUAGAUACGAAAGCAGACUUUUAUAGAUAAAAAUAAAAAAUAAAAAAAAAGUAUUUGCAGGCCAUUCGAUUACAUCAUCCACCAAUAGAUGAAUGCUGUGAUCACUGGCAUUGAACAGUAGAUACAUUAUCAUGGGUCUGAAAGAAUGUGGUAUAGGGUGUAAUAAUAUUUUUGUAAGCCACUAUGCUAGUGGAAGACUCCCAACAAAUUUGCCUGCAUGAUUCUGGCACCUUUUAAGCCUGGAAGACUCGCAACAAAUUUGCAGUUAUUCACGGUUAAUUAUGUCAAUUUCUGUUAAGAGGUGCUGAAGAGGGUUCUUGCACAUUUGUUUACAAAAUCCAAGCGUAGUAUGACAUUCUUCUAUCCGCGGUCUUUGUGAGAUUAUAUGCUUAAUUGUAUUCCAUAUAAGCGAUAACUUUUUAAUAGGGUGUUUGAAGCUAUAAAGCCAAUUAUCAUAGUAUAUCUAUGACGAUGGAUCAUUUAAGAUAAAUAAUAAUUAUGCCUAUCUCGUUAUAUUGUGUUGAUUCAUUUUCUAGUAAUUUAACUUUAAAUUCUAAAGAGGGUUCUACCGUGAUAACUUUUAUAGGACGCUUGUCUUUCUUGAUGAUUUGUGGGACUCUUGAUCAAUUUUUUCAUCUCCUCCUUCCUCAGUUGGGAGCGGUUGCAGUCAAUUUGGUUGCUGGAGAGAAACCUGCAGAUGUCUACUCUGGGAUAGCAUCUAGGUAUGAUCGUGGCUCAUGAUAAUUUUGGAAUGCCUUCAUGCUUUGUAAUUCCACUUCUCUGAGAAUUUGCGUGGACUAUCUGUUACCUAUCCGAAUUCCUGAAGAUUUGAGAAUCUUUCUUAAAGUUCCUUAGGUACAUAAGCCAAGAACGUGAAUAGACAUUGAAAUCCGAUUAUGGAAUUUUAUUGGAAUCUUUUUGCGGCCAUGUGUUGUGAUACAUAAUUUUCUAGCUUGCAUGUUCGUUUUUAAUGCAUCAAAGGGCAUCAGGAAAUUAUAAUUUCUUUUGCUUCUUUGCAUCAUAAUUGAGAAAAAUCAAUUGAAAUGCAACGUAAAAAGUCAGUGCCACAUCAAAAUUAGGAGAAACCGAAAUAUGAUGGCAUGUUCCUGCAAUUGGAGAAGAAAAACAACUCAGCGAUCUGUUUCAAUCCCAUAGAGAGUUUCAAAAGAAUCUCUCAUUUUCAGCACUGAUUUUGUCUUGAGUCUUAGUCAAUAAGAUCCCCUCUGCCGCCAAAGCCCGUUUUUUGCUUUCAAAGUCCCUGGUCCAAUGUGCUAGAAUUAGGUUUUACAUGAUAAUUGAUGUAACGAUCAUUGCGUUAUAUGCUCAACUUUUAAUUUGCUUCUGUUUGUCUUGUAUGCGCACGAAUCGUGCUUCUACCUUUCUUUUUUGUUACCACCAUGAUAAUAUUGAUCUUAAUAUCCCCUGCCUCAAAAGGUUUAAUUUUGUAUUGAACAUUUUUUUCAUAACGCAUUUUGUAUUACAUUGUUUACUGAAUGAUGUGCAAAUUCAUAAGCACCCAAGUUUUUGCACUGCAUUGCUUCAUGCUCAGUAGCAAGUAAGAGAGACUUAUCUUCCGCAGAACGUUGGUUCUUUCUUGCUUAGUAUAGUGAGAAACCUAGUGAUAAGUUGCAAAACUUUUGAGAAAUCUCAUGAGUACAGACUUUUGAUAAACAUCCUGAGAGGUUACAAAUUUAUGUAGGCCUAAUUAUCAAAAAUUGUGGAAUUAUACAUGAUUAUAUUGAAGUUGAGAAUGAAAUAUCAUAAUUUUGAUAACUCUAAAUAUGUGAAAGUACCCCUAAAUUAUUGAUGAGAUCUCGUUUGAAUUCCUUCACCAAGGAAGAUCAGGCAGCUUCACUUUGAAGUGGACCAUACAGAUGAUGAAAUCUGAAUUUGUGCUACUUCAUCAGUUAAUGCUGUAAAUUAUUGAAAGUUAUGGAGAUUAUCGAAUUUGGAGAUACAACUAAAAGCGAAAGUUCGGUUUCAGUUCUUUUGUUAAAACAUAUGGAAAUGGUUGUUUUAGAGUUUUGUGGGAGCUCUAGCUGUGGAAUAAUAAAGUUUCUAGGGAAGUUUAGAUUUAUUUGUAGAACAGGUGAAUUAAAGGCGUCCUACUUGUCAUGUGGUACAUAUUUUUAAGCCCGAUACUUGAGUGGAUGUGCUAUCUUUUUGUUUGAUGGUUCGUCAUUAGAUCACCUUUUCUGGCGACAUAAGCACAUUCUUCUACGGAAGUUUUGCCCUAUUUUUUCUUUAAAAAAUGAUAAGCUAUUAUUAGUGAUACAAUUUCAUUUCAUAACAGCAUUUCCAUCUCUAGACCUUUAAUGACUGAUUCUACAUUUAUUCUUACAUUACAGAGUUCUUGACAUCAUGAGGAGGGAUGCUCAGAACGAUCCUGCUACCGAUCCAAAUGCUGCUAGAGCGAGACUUUUAAUAUCUCAAGUAAAUCGCUGUCUUUUGUUUUUCCCCGAUAAGCAAGCUAGUUCGAGUGUUUCUUAAAUGUGCCAUGUUUUAGAUGGAGCAUCUUUGUCGUUCCUGCAGUAGUUGCCCAGUUAUCUGUGACGCUGUUCUAGUCCCAAACCUGUAUAUCUUAUGUAUCCUUUGAAUACAUUAUGAGAAUCUCGAUGCGUACCCGCAAUUUGGUAGUGAAUGAAUUGCUGGUAUUUCUAGUCAAGGUCUUUCAAUUUCAUUAUGUGCUUUAAAUAAUCGGGACCUAAUUUCAUCCGAAUUGACGAUCCAGGUGGAUAGGAAAUUGGUGAAGCAGACGGUCAUGACAUCCGUGUAUGGUGUUACCUAUGUUGGGGCCCGUGAGCAGAUAAAAAGAAGGUUGAAGGAAAGAGGUGCCAUUGCAGACGACGCGGAGCUGUUCAGUGCUUCUUGUUAUGCAGCCAAGGUAUUUUCCUCUCUUGUAUCAGAGCGUUAUUCCUUCAUUCAGUAGCUAUUCUUUCUAUUUUGUCAUAUCCCAUUGGAUGCUGAAGCAUUCGACUGUUCUUAUUUUCGUUGGUCAAUCAGGUGACCUUGACUGCCUUGGAGGAGAUGUUUCAAGCUGCUCGUGGAAUCAUGACAUGGCUUGGAGAUUGUGCUAAGGUUUCCCAUUCCCAUCUCUUUUUUUUUUCUUCUGCACAAGACAUUAAUAGUCGGCUUACUACCUCUUAAUACCGUUUAUUGUGGUUGUGUUCUUAUGGAUUCUGGAUUUUAGACUAGCUGAGCACAGGAGUCUCACGUUAGUUACAUGAUUUUGUGCCUGCCUGCUGUGGUCCCAUUGCUAAGUGACUUUGAAACAGUUGAAGUCCCCAGUUCAUAAGCGACUGAGGCUAAUGAAAUAUGCUUCUUAUUACUAGCCUGCGUGUUGAUUAUGGACACAUCUGUUUGAACCCGAUAGCUGUUGUGUUCAGUCCAUACACGAUGACAGAAUCAAUUUGGUCAGUUUUCUACUAUCAUUCUCUCUUAUAACGGGCUCUAGCUUUAAUUAUUAAGCAGAGAAUCCUUCAUUCCUUUAAAAUCCUCUGCAAUAUCAUCGCAUUAACUUGUGUUCUUUCUUCUGGAUUUUAUCUACUCGAUUGAGUGUUCAGGAGUUCUGUCGGCCAUAUCUUCUGCAACUGCAUUUCUUUGUGUAUCCCAUAAAAGAUGGUUCCUCCUCCGUUGUAAAAAGAUGCUUGCUUCUAUGGUGUGUGACCUACAGUAGACUGAACACUUCAAAUCAACCAGGUGAUCGCGUUGGAAAAUCAUGCUGUGAGAUGGACUACGCCGCUGGGUCUCCCAGUGGUUCAGCCCUACCGAAAGUUAGGGAGGCACCUUGUAUGUCACACAGGAGAGCUUUCACUAUUUUUAAUGGAAAAAAAUAUUUUACUCUUCUUUUUUUUUUCAUUCCGUGCUUAUUAUUAUGCAGUCUUCCUUACUAUUUAACUUGGUUUUCAUGGAUGCCGUCUUCACAGAUUAGGACCUCUCUUCAGGUUUUGACAUUACAAAGAGAAACUGACAAGGUCAACGACAUAAUCCUUGAUUUCAUUUUCCAUGGCCAUUUAUAUAAUUUUUUAAUUGCUUUAUUUUAUUUUAUUUUACUUCUUUUGUCAAAAAAAUUCUCAAAUCUUUAUGUACCGCAGGUCAUGGUCAAGCGACAAAGAUCGGCUUUUCCACCCAACUUUGUCCAUUCCCUCGAUGGAUCUCACAUGAUGAUGACCGCUGUUGCCUGCAGAAAGGCAGGCCUCAAUUUCGCAGGUUAAUAUUCCUUCCUCCCCGAUAAUUCAAUACUUUCUGAUUUAUUUUUUCUUUAUUUUCCCCCCGUUGCUCUUCAGUUUUUCUUCUUAAAUUAAAAAAAAUGCUAUUUUUUGCAGGAGUUCAUGAUUCUUACUGGACUCAUGCAUGCAACGUCGAUGAGUUGAACAGAAUACUAAGGGAAAAGUUCGUUGAGCUCUAUGAGGCCCCCAUUCUAGAAAAUGUGGCUCAUCCUUAUCCCUAACUUUCUUUAUUUACUAAUUUUCUCUGCAAGUACCCUUCAUUUAUUUAAUAACUUUAUUUAUUUAAUAAUUUUUUAUUGCCCAUCACCAGAAAUAUUUCCAUUAUUUAGCCGAAGAAAGUAACAACCCUGUGCGGGCCUUCCUGUCAAGGCCCAUGCGCAUUGUCGGAAGCUCUCUUUAAGAUCAAUGAAAACUUUGCAACCCAAACUUUCCUUUCUUGAGCAUUUUACUCUGGCAUAAAUCUCUCUCAGCUGCCUGGAGGCCGUGAGAAUUAUUCUCGGCAUUUUUGAUUUAUUUCAUAUUAUAACAUUUUCAUAUUCUCCAUUUAUUUAUUUGUUUACUGGUAGUGUAAUUAUAUAUACCUGACCGUUUAUUUGGGAUGAAUAAACCAUGCAGCCCAAACUUUCCUUUCUUGGGCAUUUUCCCUCAGGCUUCUGUUUUUUCUUUUUUUUUAAUUUCGUUUUAUAAUAAUUUCAUAGUCUAUUUAUUUAUUUAUCUAUUUAUUUGUUUAGUGGUAGUAUAGCUAUAUACCUGACCGCUUAUUUGGGAUGGCGUGCAGCUGCUGGAGAGCUUUGAGAAGUCUUUCCCCACGCUAAAAUUCCCUCCUUUACCAGAGCGGGGGGACUUCGAUCUCAAAGACGUAUUGGACUCCCCGUACUUCUUCAACUGA